UAACCUAUAUGAGAAUAGCAAGUGGGAGGUGAAUGGUGCCUAUGUACCCAAUCACCCAUAAAACGACUUAAACGUAACCAUUAACAGACGCACCAUGUCCCCCCCAAUUGCAGUGCAAGAGCCUCAGCACGUCCAAGUGACUGGAAACUCUGAUACAGAGGCAAGUCCGAGAUGGCUGGAACUAUGCAAUAUUAAACAGGCGGAAAGAGAAAGAUCGAUCCCCGUUGCGUGGAGGAUCCCACCAAGCUGUCUACCCGCAGAGAAACGUCUACUUGAUGUGCCGACCACCUGCGGUAUCCUCACAGAAGAAGAAUCCAAGAUCACUUCAGUGUUCAAUGUGAUAGAGCUCCUGGAGCAGAUCAAGAGUGGAAGACUGUCUUCCGAAGCCGUAAACUGCUUGACCGAAGUCUUUUUUGAUGAAACGAUCCCUAGAGCGAGGGCCUUAGAUGAGGGGAAGAGAUUGCAUCCUGAAUGGCCGAUUAGGCCACUACAAGGACAAGAUUCUUCGAUUGGUCUUGCCUGUUUUGUGGGAAAGCCCGCAACAGUCAACUCUAUACUCGUAGACGACCUCUUUUCCCUCGGCGCCAUUCUAUACUGCAAGACCGAUCUUGGUCAGCUAAUGCUGACAGCAGACUCUGAUAACAAUGUCCUUGGCCGAACACUCAAUCCUACUCAUAUCGACAUGACGCCGGGGGCGCUCAAGCGGCGGGGAGGCCCAUUGCGAGGUAGCAUUCUCGGGGUAGCUACGGAUAUGGGGAGAAGUGUUCGCGGUCCUUGUUCUGCAACUGGUGUCUACGCACUCAAACCCAGUUCUGGUAUCAUCCCCUAUGACAAUAAGCAGAUUGCAAUUUCUCCCGGUAUUCGACCUAUAAUGGAGGCUGAGCCGUGGAAGCGGGACGUCACCUGCCACCAUAUACCAUGGACACGGAGAUAUCAGCAACCAAAAGCACUCAGAAUCGGUGUUAUUAUGGAUGAUGGCUGUUUUACUUCCACGCCGCUCAUCCAUCGUGCCCUUCGAGAAUCAAUUGUGAGGUUUGAAAAAGCUGGACACCGUGUGAUUAGUUACCGAAAAGCCAUCGAAGAGACAGAAAAUACGCUUGCCAAAUAUCCCACACAGAAGCUUGGAGGAUCUUGUACGCUUCAGUUGGUUGGAAAAGCCCAGAACGACGAAGAGUUCGCCAACGUUGCUGUGCAGAUCGACUCGGUCUUAGACCCCAAGCGCACAGGAGCAUAA